AUGGUGCGGGAGUCCAUGGAUGCCCUCCCCUCUAAGGCCGGGGGGUUCAAUGGGAAGCCCAAAAAGGGUAAUCUACUUCUGGACGGCAAGCCAGAAACGAGGAUAGCAGAUACCUGGCAGGACCAGCCUAAGGCAAAGAAGCUGGUGGCCGACCUGACUGACCUGCACUUUGACAAGUUUCAGGUCCCAACGCUAUGCUAUUCCCUCUGCAUGAGUGAUGGGGAAGCUGAAACUGGUUGAAUACUGUAUGAGUGAUCUAAUUGGGUACCUGCUGUGGUGUGCUCUAGUGUUGGGAACGAAGAUGGUAGAACAGGCUCUAAUUUUGGACAUUACUCUUGUGUAGCCGUGUAGAGUGAGAGCAGAUAUUGUGGGGAAAAUGGCUGGUUUGGCAUGAAGUGUAGCCUAUAUGAUUCUCUAUAUGUGACUACCAGUGUCUUUACUGCCCUCAUGCAUUGUGUGUUUUACUGUAGGCCUAUAUUAAAUUCAAGUGGGAAAUGUGUCCGGCAUACCUCCGUAGAGGGACGUGAGGAGUGAAAACUUCUGGUUUCAUCCCGAGGUGAUCAUUGUAUUCAUAUCUCAUCAGCAGAUGAGUUGUGUUGUUGAAAUGUAAAUAUGAGUGCGGAACAGAUCCGCUGUGUGGUGACUCGUAGAGAACAACCGAUAAUAUCGGCAUGGCCGAUUUUCCCCAUUAUAGCGCGAGAAACUCCCUGCAUGCCGGCACCACUCAUUGCUGUCCUUGAGGAACAUCUGGGCUGCUUGCUAUAGCUACCCACUCAUGCUGCAUAUACAUUUAGCACACUUUAAUAAUGCCACACCAAAUGUUGAAAGUGGUAAUUAAUUUACAAUGUCCAUACAGGCUGCUGCACUUUACAAAGCAACGUACCGGUAGCUUUCUAGAUAGCUAGGUAAACAACAACAUUCAGCAAAGAGCUAACUUUGCUAGCUAUGAAGCUAACGUCAGUUCACUAACGUUACCCUAGAACUUCAUUUGUGAUAGCAAAGCAUAACACAAAAUAUGCUAAUGUCAAAGCUGAUCGUCACCAAAAAUGUUGUUAAUUCACUGAGUUGGCUAGCUACAUGUCUUUCCCGUGCCAAGACGAACUACCCAAGUUGAACUACACAAGCCAAACUGCCUGGCUACAUGAUACACAAGCGGUGCCUUUUCUCUUAAAGGUGACAACACACAUUUUUAUAAAAGAAAACACAAGGCUACUUAUAUGAAAAUGUUGUUGAUCAGUAGGCCUAUCUGGAGGCGAAAGAAACACACAUCGGUUUAGGCGAGGUGCUGGCUAGCGGAUUAGAACACUUGGAGAGAAAAAAAAAAAGGAGAGCCGCACACUCUAGGAGCUCAGAUGCAAUAAUUUAAUAACCAAUGUUUCGACCGACAAGCUGUCUUCAUCAGGGUAUAAUGUUCAGUAGGCCUAACAUAGUCCCAAAUGAAAGGGAAACAGAUUGUUUGUCAUCUGUAGCCCCAAAGACCACUGGAAUCAGCUAAAACAAGCUCAAUAACUCAAUGCAUGCAUACACUCCUAUUGAAUAUGAACUCACCUGUGCCAUCUUGAUUUAACCAGUUUAUCAAGAGAUUGACCAUUUUUAAAUGUUUACCGUUAUGUAGUUAACUUGUUUAAAAAUAAAGUAAAAUUGAUUGUGUUUGUAUAAUUGAUUUGUUAUUGCAUACAUGGUUGUCUCUGGAAAAAUGUCUCAUCAAAAUGUAAAAAUUAUAUUAUUUAUCGGCAUAAAAUAUUGGCCAUGGACCUCCUUGACUCGCAAAAAUUGGCAUUGGUCGUGCUCUAGUGGUGAGCAGAGCGGCAGAGGAACCAAUCAACAUACAUGUUAAACUGCUGUGCAAUGAUUGGCCUGGCCUCUCCUCCGUGGCAUCAGGUUACUGUAUUCUCUGCUCUGCCUUAGAUGGAUCAUUACCGUGGCUACAUAAUAUAUGAUCUGUUGCUCAGAGAUCACUGGCUAAUAUCUGCUGCUCAGAGGUGGGCUGGGAUAGGAAAGGGUAGAAAUUGGGCAGUUUUCUGUAGUGCUGCUUGUGUUCAGAGUCGUCAGCCAUUUAUCUUUUUCCCCUCUCUCCCUCUUUUUGUCCUCCUCAGGCCGACCAACUAACAGAGGAGCAGAUUGCGGGUAAGCAGUUCAGCACACACACACAUUUGAGCUGUGUAUGAAUAUUUAAUGUGAGUGAGGCAUGUCUGCUAGCUCCUGACCACUGAUGUAAACAUUACAUUAGCAUCAUCACUAACGUCUACACAAAGUGGUAGACCAACGCACGCACACACACAGAGAGCGGCAUUCCUGUGCUGUUGCCUCUUCAAAAAGUUGAAGGAAUAAAUUAAUCACUGAUGCAUUUUGUUCAUGUCUUGUGAUAAUCUUGGGAAAAUUAAUGCAUUUUUUAAAAUAAAUUCAAUACGUUUAGUUAAUUUCCUAGCAAGUUUAAUACAUUUUUGAACAUUGUGGAAUUCUAUUUUAAUGUCUGGAUUCCGUGAUUCCAUCCACGUUCUCCGCAACGCAGAUAUUAUACGGCCCUAAUAAUGGGCAGAUACCUCAAUAAUGGCAGACAGAGAUCUAGCAGACAUACCUGUUGUUGACAAUACUUUUAUCUGCUCACCUGUACAUUGAACAAAUGUAAUCCUUUCAAGCAGAGGUCAUCUCAUAGCCCAGGAGGUCAAUCUUAGGUGUGAUUAUUACUGGUUGAAACCUUAACCUAAUUAAGUAGCCUACACUCUUAGGAAAAAAAGGUUCCUUAUAGAACCAAAUAGUGUUCUGUCGCUUUCUUCAUCUAUGGAACCCCUAAAAGUUCUAUAUAGAACCCUUUUAUAGGGUUCUUUGAUCAGAACCCGACGGGUUCUUCUUGACUGAACCAAAAUUGGAAUAUAGAACCCUGUAUGGUGACAUUUAUGAAUUAUGGCUACUACUUAGAUAGUAAUAUUUUUUGCUUAUAAUAUAAUAAACAAUUAAAUAAUGGACAAAAGAAUACCAGCAUAGUUUUGAGAUUUUAUUGUCAUUAUAUGCAAACAUACUUUGGAAAUAUGCACUGGUAGCCAGGGAGGCAUCUCUUUGUUUGAAUGAUGGCCCACGUCAGUCUUGGUACCAACUCUGGCUGACUCUGGCGAAAACAAGUUUAUAGAUAUAUAUAUAUUUUUUUAAACAUACCUUUUACAUAAGUAUUCAGACCCUUUGCUAUGAGACUCGAAAUUGAGCUCAGGUGCAUCCUGUUUCCAUUGCGCAUCCUUGAUGUUUCUACAACUUGAUUGGAGUCCACCUGUGGUAAAUGUAACUGAUUGGACAUGAUUUGGAAAGGCACACCUGUCUAUAUAAGGUCCCACAGUUGACAAUGCAUGUCAGAGCAAAAACCAAGCCAUGAGGUCAACGGAAUUGUCCUUAGAGCUCCGAGACAGGAUUGUGUCGAGGCACAGAUCUGGGGAAGGGUACCAAAAUAUUUCUGCAGCAUUGAAGAUCCUCAAGAACACAGUGGCCUCCAUCAUUCUUAAAAGGAAGAAGUUUGGAACCACCAAGACUCUUCCUAGAGCUGGCCGCCCGGCCAAACUGAGCAAUCGGGGGAGAAGGGCUUUGGCCAGGGAGGUGACCAAGAACCUGAUGGUCACUCUGACAGCGCUCCAGAGUUCCUCUGUGGAGAUGGGAGAACCUUCCAGAAGGACAACCAUCUCUGCAGCACUUCACCAAUCAGGCCUUUAUGGUAGUGGCCAGACGGAAGCCACUCCUCAGUAAAAGGCACAUGACAUCCCGCUUGGAGUUUGCCAAAAGGCACCUAAAGGACUAUCAGACCAUGAGAAACAAGAUUACGAAAAUUGAACUCUGGUCUGAAUGCCAAGCGUCACGUCUGGAGGAAACCUGGCACCAUCCCUACGGUGAAGCAUGCUGGUGGCAGCAUCAUGCUGUGGGGAUGUUUUUCAGCGGCAGGAACUGGGAGACUUGUCCGGAUCGAGGGAAAGAUGAACGGAACAGAGCACAGAGAGAUCCUUGAUGAAAACAUGCUCAGGACCUCAGACAGGUGAGAAGGUUCAGCUUCCAACAGGACAACGACCCUAAGCACACAGCCAAGACGAUGCAGGAGUGGCUUUGGGACAAGUCUGAAUGUCCUUGAGUGGCCCAGCCAGAGCCCAGACUUGAACCCGAUCUAACAUCUCUGGAGAGACCUGAAAAUAGCUGUGCAGCGACGCUCCCCAUCCAACCUGACAGCUUGAAAGGGUCUGCAGAGAAGAAUAGGAGAAACUCCCCAAAUACAGGUGUGCCAAGCUUGUAGCGUCAUACCCAAGAAAACUCGAGGCUGUAAUCGCUGACAAAGGUGCUUCAACAAAGUACUGAGUAAAGGGUCUGAAUACUAACUGUCAAAUAAAUUCUGAUUUUGCUUUGUCAUUAUGGGGUAUUGUGUGUAGAUUGUUGAGGGGGAAAAAACUAUUUAAGCCAUUUUAGAAGUGAAGGGGUCUGAAUACUUUACGAAUGCACUGUACAACCCCAAAUAACCCUUUUUUCUAAGAGUGUAGAUCAGAUAAAAGUCAAUUUCAAAAGUCAGUGACUAAUUGUCUAAUGAAGUUCUUACUGUAGCUCAGCUGUGAUCUUUUUCCUUGUAUUUGUUUGGACACACAAAUAGCAACAGUUAGCCUAUCUUCUUCUCUGCAGAGUUCAAGGAGGCAUUCUCCUUGUUCGAUAAGGAUGGCGACGGCACCAUCACAACCAAAGAGCUGGGUACUGUGAUGAGGUCGCUGGGACAGAACCCCACAGAGGCUGAGCUGCAGGACAUGAUCAACGAGGUCGACGCUGAUGGUGAGUUAGUUCCGCCUGCUAGGGUCCAACAGUGUAGGGAGAAGUUUCCCCACACGCUGAUCUUGGGGCAGUUUAGCAUUUCCCCCAGUAAUGGUUAAGGUUAGGAUUGGGGGAGGGGAAGCUGAUCCUAGAUCUGUACCUAUGGGAAACAUCACCCUGGAGCGGGUCCAACUAGGGUUAUAAAGUUCCCAGGUUUUCCAGAAAUCUGGGUCGAGGAUUCCUGGAAUAGGGCAGGAGGGAAGGAGGGAAUCCUCCAACUGGGAUUUCUGUAAAAGCUGGGAAUGUAAAUAAGGAGUGGCUGAAGUACUACUCAAUUUCUGUGUGUGUUUGUGUCGGUUCAGUCACUAUAUAGUUCACCAGCUUGUAGUCCUAAAAAAUUUAAAUGAGUUCAGCCAUUCCUAUGGUGAAAAUGAAUGGUGAAAGAAUAGGCUUUUGGGAUAAACUCUGAAAAUAAGGUCUGAGGUUAUGUUUUGUUUUCUUAUACGUUUUGUUCUAUGAGUUAUGAAGCCUUUUAUGUGCUUUUUUUGAUUACAUAAAUCUUUCAAAAUUCACAAAAAGUUACUUUAGCUAAUGAAGAUUAUCUCAUAGAACAAAACGUAUAAGAUCACCUAAGCCUGUGUUUACCACAGACCUUAUUUUCACUGUUUAUCCAAAAACUCAACUUUCCCAUAGGCUUUAGCCAACGAACCAUGGUGGAGUUGGUGUCUACAAAAAGACGCCAUUACUAUUGCUCUCUAUACUGCUCUCCCUUCUGGAAGUCAACCCGAUGGUGAUGAGUAUUGCUUCUUAUUGAGAAGUUAUUGAUAGUUAUUGAUGAGUUUAUCCACGGCCUUACUUGUGUUAGUGCUGGGACUGGAAGUGUUGUCAUUGAACAACAUGGCUCCUCUCCUCUGACUGUCACUAUCUAGGUCAGGCAGACCUAGCGACUGGCUGCAACAAAGCCAGUUAAAUAACCGCAGUAGGUAAUAAUCCACUCUGAGCUCUGCUCUGCUGGGCUGUACAUUCUCUAAGGCCCCAUGGCCCAGGGAAGUAGCUCACAGCAGCUGUGGUAGAUCCUGCCUACACACAAACAACAGUAGCAGUCAAUUUAUUCACACACUGGGAAAGGUGGAACAGCCAGUCUGUGCAUUAUACGGCCUAUACUUGAGGAGAGACCCAGCCCCAUCCGGUUAAUAGAAUGCAACAGUAAGAUAGGCACACACACUCACUGGGGAACAGCCAGACUGUGUAAUAUACUGCCCUGUAUAAGUAAUGGAAUAGUCAGACACACACACACACACACACACACACACACUGGGGACAUGCAGAGGGGAGAACAGAACAGACACACACACACACACACACUGGGGACAUGCAGAGGGGAGAACAGAACAGACACACACACACACACACUGGGGACAUGCAGAGGGGAGAACAGAACAGACACACACACACACACACACUGGGGACAUGCAGAGGGGAGAACAGAACAGACACACACACACACACACUGGGGACAUGCAGAGGGGAGAACAGAACAGACACACACACACACACACUGGGGACAUGCAGAGGGGAGAACAGAACAGACACACACACACACACACACUGGGGACAUGCAGAGGGGAGAACAGAACAGACACACACACACACACACUGGGGACAUGCAGAGGGGAGAACAGAACAGGCGUUCAUUGAUUCACUGGGGAACUGUAUAUCAGCCAUGCACCACCAGGGGAGGGGACAGCUGUGUGCUCAGGAGAACAGUCUUUCCCAGGAAUCACACACAUGAUCACACACACUUAAACAGCUGAGGGCUGUACCUGGAGACCUCUGGGUUACACACACACACACACCCUCCUGACGAGCCCAGACUAAUCCAGGUUAAUUAUGAUCGGUGUUAGUGUGAGUGUCUUCUCCCAAGGGUUUAGCCAGGCCCCCUGUUUUUCUGAUCCAGUGGCCUGCACCGCUCUCUGUGACCAUAUCAUGGAUCACUCUGCUUUACAUUAGAGACAGCUCAACCCCUGCCAGAGCCUGUUGUAAUGGUCUACAGUACACAGCCCACUCUGAAACACACAUACCGGUCUGUGUACUGUACUGAUCAGUAGGGUUGGGCGGUAUCCAGAUUUUCAUACCGUUUCUGUACCAUACCGGGAUAUGCUGUAAUACCGGAAGUGCACACAAGGGGUGCUAUUCUUUUGUUGUCAAUUUCUUUAGCACAAAACUAUUUAGGCAACAUGGAUCUCAAUGCAAGCGGGAAAUUGAUUGUCUCUGCUGUAACCAAGAAGCUUGAUCUUGCCAUCUAUCCACUUGACUAGCAAGUUAGCAAACCAACUGCAUAGCUAAAGCCCUGAGCUGAAUAUCAUUUAUUUGGCACAUCUUAGAUAGUUAUCUUAUAGUUAUAAGCAGUGGCGUAGCACGCAGCCCUCGCAAGGCAAGGGAGUCCCCCCAACUCAAAUUAUUUUAAUUGUAUUUUUUUACGGUAUUGAAAAUCCUGCCGUCAGUAUGUGUAAAUACCCCAGUAUACGGUAUAUCGCCCAAGCCUACUGCCCUGUAUAUGUAAUGGAAUAGUCAGACACACACACACACUGGGGACAUGCAGAGGGGAGAACAGAACAGGCGUGCUUUGAUUCACUGGGGAACUGUAGAUCAGCCAUGCACCACCAGGGGAGGGGACAGCUGUGUGCUCAGGAGAACAGUCUUUCCCAGGAAUCACACACAUGAUCACACACACUUAAAUCCCUGCAGCCCUCAGCUGUUUUUCUGCCAUUUAAAUACUUGUGCCUAAGCUUUGUUUUGGGCCGCUUAAGUCCAAACAAUGUAAAAUAAUAUAUUUAUUUUUGGGGGGGAUGGAAAAACUCUUUCAAUGUAAAGUUAAAUGACUAAAACCAGAUAUAAAGUAUGUAGAAAAGAUAAUGGAACUAUAUAUUUUUUAAAUAAUAUAAAUCUUUGAGAACUAACAAUCACCAAAAUCAAAUCUAGAGAGUCAGUGAGAAUUGAAAAAUUCCCCAAACAAUUAAUUUAGCAGUAUUGAUUUAUGUUUGAGCAAAAUAACACAGCAUUAGCCAUGGCAAAAUGCAGGAAAUUUGCUUUAAAACUGCAACAUUUUCUCUCAGCUCUAUGAAGACAUUUUUAGAAUUGCAGGACAUUUGCUUAAAAAUGCCAAAAUGUCUCUACACUGCCAAGAUGGGGGGAGCCUAUUAUUUUUUCUUAAAUUCAGCCGCGCCCCCUGCCACGCCCACCACGUAAGCCCCUUUGAUCAAGAAAAAACCCUGCCUAAGCCCCUUUUAUAUACCCAUGGCUGUACCUGGAGACCCUCCUAUUACACUGCUGUAGUGGUCUACAGAACCCCGCCCGCUCUGGACAAUGCAUGGCCCAUUCAACUGGGGUUUUAAUCCCAGAUAAGUAACUAUCAAUUCUGUCUAUCCACCUCUACCGGUCUCCCCCUUUCCAACUGUCUACAAUAAUCAAGCUAAACCCUCUCUCUCUCCACUUCCUCAUCCUCUCUCCCUCCCUCCAUCUCCCAGGCAACGGAACCAUUGACUUCCCAGAGUUCCUUACUAUGAUGGCCAGGAAAAUGAAGGACACAGACAGCGAGGAGGAGAUUCGCGAGGCGUUCCGGGUAUUCGACAAGGUAAGGAUUGUGCCAGCCGUGUGUGUGUGGGGGAGGGUUUUUUAUUUUAUAUAUAUAUAUAUAUCUAUCUAUCUUCACCUCAUUCAAUAUCGACAAUGUAUACAUUGCUACUGUUUGUCAAGCAGUAUAUGAUCAGUGAUAUCCUGUAUGGUUGCUCUUACUCCAUACAUAAAUUACACUAGUAUGUUAAAGUCCCUUUGUAAAAGACAGGCGGCAGGUGUGUUUACUGUGAGGUCACAGACUCACACAUCUCACCUCGUCUCCCCUGCAGGAUGGGAACGGUUACAUCAGUGCAGCAGAGCUCCGUCACGUCAUGACAAACCUGGGAGAGAAGUUAACAGACGAGGAGGUCGAUGAGAUGAUCAGAGAAGCCGACAUCGACGGAGACGGACAGGUCAACUAUGAAGGUAAGAAGAGGACAAUGGAACUGUCUAACUCUAUCUAUCUAGUUCUGCUGUGUGGGAGUGUACAGUAGUUCUCAGCAGUGUCCCUAUGGGGGCCUUGAUUCAGGACAGCUGUCACCCACUCAGUCAUCCUCACCAUGCUAAUGUACAGUACAGGCAGUCUUUUGUUUCUACAGCUCCAAUCCACCUCUUCUCUCAUCACUUUGUACUGCCCGAUCCCCCUCUUCACUCUACCACUCUCAUCCCCCUCUUCUCUCAUCCCUUUCUACCAUCCUGAGCCCCCUGUUCUUUCUUAUAGAAUUGGUCUCACUCUCUGUAAUGGGAUAUUGGGCUUACGUAAACAGUCUCCGUGACUAUGACAGAUAACAGUUUAAUUGAAUUGUUUUAUGAUCUGUCUGUCUCAAUUUGUCUGUGACGGACAUGUUUUAUGUGAUUAUGUCUGGAUCUGAGAAAUGUAAUUUCUGUCUUGAUCAGUGGUUGGUUGGUUUCUGUUCAUUCUCCUCGUCUGUUUUUGUUUUGUUCUUUUGUCCACAGAAUUUGUACAAAUGAUGACAGCAAAAUGA